AUGACGACCGUGAAGACAUUCUCUCGCCGCGACGUUUCCGAGCAUAACACCAACCGCUCAGCCUGGAUUGUUAUUGGCAACAAGAUCUACGACGUCACCAAAUUCUUGGAUGAGGUACUUUUUCUUGGAUGAAAAAUUUUGUAGUAGUUUUAAAAAAUUUUUUUUUGCAGAAUGAAACGAAAAAACGGCCCAACAGUUUUUGAAAAUUGAAAAUCCUCUGGAAAUGAGAGAAAGUUGGCUAUUGAAACUUGUGUCUUUCGGUGUUUAUAAUUUUUUUUCUCAAGAGGCGUGAUAUUUUGCUUUUUUUAUUAAACUACAAAAAAAUUUUUUUAAUGAAAUGAAAAUUUUUCAGCAUCCGGGAGGCUGCGAAGUUCUUCUCGAGCAGGCUGGAGGCGACGGCACUGAGGCUUUCGAAGACGUGGGUCACUCAACAGACGCUCGUGCUAUGAAGGAAGAGUUUUACGUCGGAGACAUCAUUGAGGUGCACUCGAGUACACCCUACGCAUAAUCUAUCAGUUUUAGGAGGAGAAGACCACGUACUCGUACGAUAAGAAGACCUGGAAAAGUGGCGUCGUUGGAGACAACAAACAGCGCGGGUACAUUUUUCGUUCUGUACUUUGUGACGUCUAUUCGAUGUCUGAUUUCGAAAAUAUUGAGAAUCAGAAAAAUGAAAAUCUUUCGUUUACUGAAGCGAUUGGCUUCUAGAGUUUAUCUAGACAAAGAUCAGGCGUUAGAAUUUGUCGAUUCACGGCUAGCUUGGGACGCUAAGAUGGCUUGGUCUGUCUGAGCUCUCCACGAGCCAGGAACUGUCUCGUACAUUUUCGUGUCAAGACCCUUUUUUUAUAGCUCAAGCCAGCCGUGAUCUCUCGCAAAUAUCCUCUCAAGAUGACCUUCAAAAAAUCAAUAAAAUGUUUUGCAGAGAAGGCUCGAGUCUGAAGGAUAGCAUCAUUUGGUACAGCAUCGUGGCUCUGAUCGUCGCUCUCGUGUACUACCUCAUCAACCACUAG